AUGCUUCUCCCAGCUAUUGGUACCCCUAUGGGCCUUGAAAUCCCCGUAAAGGACACCAAGCGUGCCUCCAUCUUCUACGAAAAGGUUUUCAACUGGAAAUUUUCGGCUGAAAGCCACGUUGGUGCUCCGGAGGAGUACCUCCUUGUCUUCAAGGUCGAUGGGGAAAUGUUUCCCGGUGGUGGUAUUAUCAAGAAAGUUCCAGAUGCAGAGCUCGCUGUUACUGGUGCUACGAAGGUCUUCUUGUACGUCGACGACAUCGAAAGCGCCAUUGAGAAAAUUGAGACCAAUGGCGGCAAGAUGCUUGGGGAGAAGGAAGCUGAGGGUGAUCAGGCUUUCUAUCAGUACUUCCAGGACUCGGAGGGUAACGCCCAUGCAAUUUACACCUUCAAUAAAUAG